GAUCGGCUGGGAUUUGGGUCUCGGUGGAGAGCUUCUGUGCAUGCGCAAGCGCGCGCCUGUGUGCCUGUGUGCGGGUCGGUUCGCUUGAGGACUUGUGUCCUUGUGUCUGGCAGCUCGCACAAUGAACAACAGGAAAGCACCGCGAGGGAGAGCGCUGUACGAAUGCUAGGUUCAGCGGACAGAACAAUGAGGUUCCGCGAUGGUGCCCUUGCGGGCUCUGUGGCUAGCAUGGGCUCUGCUAGGAGUGGCCAGAGCGUGCCCGGAGCCGUGCGCCUGCGUGGACAAGUACGCGCAUCAGUUCGCCGACUGCGCGUACAAGGAGUUGCGCGAGGUGCCGGAAGGACUGCCGGCCAACGUGACCACGCUUAGUCUGUCGGCCAACAAGAUCACGGUGCUGCGGCGUGGGGCCUUCGCCGACGUCACGCAGGUCACGUCGCUGUGGCUGGCGCACAAUGAGGUGCGCACGGUGGAGCCGGGCGCCCUGGCGGUGCUGAGCCAGCUCAAGAACCUCGACCUAAGCCACAACCUCAUAUCCAGCUUUCCGUGGAGCGACCUUCGUAACCUGAGCGCGCUGCAGCUGCUCAAAAUGAACCACAAUCGUUUGGGCUCACUGCCCCGGGACGCACUCGGCGCGCUGCCCGACCUGCGCUCCCUGCGCAUCAACAACAACCGCCUGCGUACCCUGGCUCCCGGCACCUUCGACGCGUUAAGCGCGCUGUCGCACCUGCAACUCUAUCAUAACCCUUUCCACUGCAGUUGCAGCCUCCUGUGGCUGCAGGCCUGGGCCGCAAGCACCAGGGUCUCCUUACCGGAGCCCGACUCCAUCGCGUGCGCCUCGCCUCCCGCGCUGCAGGGGGUGCCGGUGCACCGCCUGCCCGCCCUGUCCUGCGUACCGCCCAGCGUGCGUCUGAGUGCUGAGCCGCCGCCUGAGGCGCCGGGCAGCCCCUUGCCCGCCGGCCUGGCGCUCAUGCUACACUGCGUCGCCGAAGGACACCCCACACCCCGCCUGCAAUGGCAACUUCAGAUCCCGGGUGGCACCAUAGUCUUAGAGCCUCCCGUCCUGAGCGGGGAGGACACCGGGGAUGGGGCGGAAGACCGGGAGGAAGGAGAUGGGGACGGGCCGACACAGACGGAGGCCCCAACCCCGACUCCAGCACCCGCUUGGCCCGCGCCCCCAGCCAACCCGCGCUUCCUGGCCCUCACAAACGGUUCCCUAUUGGUGCCCCUCCUGAGUGCCAAGGAAGCAGGCGUCUACACCUGCCGUGCCCACAAUGAGCUGGGCGCCAACUCCACGUCACUACGCGUGGCAGUGGCGGCGGCUGGGCCCCCAAAGCACGCUCCUGGCUCUGGGGAAGACUCCGAAGGGCAGGCCCCUACUUCUGAGCGCAAGUCCACGGCCAAAGGCCGAGGCAACAGCGUUCUACCCUCCAAGCCCGAGGGCAAAAUCAAAGGUCAAGGCGUGGCCCGAGUUAGCGUCCUCGGGGAGACGGAGGCGGGGCCCGAGGAGGAGGACGCGGCUGAGGGAGAGGAAGCAGAAGACCAGGUCUCUGCGGAUCCGGUGGAGGAGCAACGCUGUGGCCACGGGGACCCCUCGCGGUACGUGUCCAACCACGCAUUCAACCAGAGCGCAGAGCUCAAGCAGCACGUCUUUGAGCUGGGCGUCAUCGCGCUGGACGUGGCGGAGCGGGAGGCUCGGGUGCAGCUGACGCCGCUGGCGGCGCGCUGGGGAUCUGGGCCCGGCGGGGCGGGGGGAGCCGGGCGGCCCGGGCGGCGGCCGCUGCGCCUGCUCUAUCUGUGCCCAGCGGGGGGUGGCGCAGCAGUGCAGUGGUCGCGCGUGGAGGAGGGCGUCAACGCCUAUUGGUUCCGCGGCCUGCGGCCCGGCACUAACUACUCAGUGUGCCUGGCGCUGGCAGGCGAGGCCUGCCACGUACAAGUGGUGUUUGCCACCAAGAAGGAAUUGCCCUCGCUGCUGGUCAUCCUUCUGUAG